CUCUCCGGGUGAAAGCUGUCUUCUUAGCGCUACUGGCUCGAUAAAACGCUGCUGUAGCAGAGCCAGUCCGCACCGAUCCGAAGCAGAGUAUACACACAGAAGAGAGCGCGUUCAAACACGGGGAGUCUUUUAUUACUCGACCGAGUGGUUUUGAUUUGCAUAUCCACUUCCACUCCUUCCUCAUUUGCAUACAGCAAGAAUGGCGAGCGGGCAUCCCACAGACAAAUUCAGUUUCAUGUAUCAACCAGACACGCACAAGAGUAAGAACAGGUUAUCUUCAGCCAUGAACCCAGUCUACAGCCCUGUUCAGCCCGGCACUCCAUAUGGAAACCCCAAGAACAUGGCCUUUGCAGGCUAUCCAGGCGGUUAUCCUGCAACAGCCCCCACCUAUACACCCAACCUUUAUCAAACAGGCAGUCCUGGGUAUCCACCAGGAUAUACCACAGCAGGAACUCCAUACAAAGUUCCCCCCACUCAGUCAAAUGGAGCACCUCCUCCCUACACUCCCACUCCCACCCCAUACCCGACAGCUAUGUACCCCAUCCGCAGUGCCUACCCUCAGCAGAACAUUUACGCGCAGGGAGCAUAUUAUACCCAGCCAGUGUAUGCGGCUCAGCCACAUGUGAUCCAUCACACCACCGUGGUGCAGCCCAACAGCAUCCCCUCCACAGCCCUCUACCCUGCCCCCGUCCCCGUUCCUGCUCCUCGCAACAACGGCAUGGCUGCCAUGGGGAUGGUAGCCGGGACAACUAUGGCCAUGAGUGCAGGGACUCUGCUGACAACGCCCCAGCACCCCCCAAUUGGAGCACACCCAGUUACUGUGCCAACCUACAGGCCCCAAGGGACACCUGGUUACAGCUAUGUACCGCCUCACUGGUAGAGCCCACCCAUCAUAUCUGGAGUCCACCAUCGUAUGCAACUGCUCCAAUCUUACACGAGCUCCCUGCGGUAACCAUGGGAACUCGGCACCUGUCUGCAAGAACAAAACUAAAGUGCAACAGCCACUUUACUAUUAUUAUUAUUAUGCGACAUUCUCUAAUGUUUUUACAAAAGCUGCUUUUUUUUUCCUGUUCAUUUGCCAACCAGUCAUUACUUUUUUUUUAUGGUUGUUUUGUUCAGUUUCCUCAUUUACUUUUGCUGUGUCUGUCAUUGGAACUCCAGAGGGACUCUUGACCAAUCACAGGUGUCGGUCGCUCCUGUUUCCUUGCUGUGCUGGUGUGUGUGUGGUCCUGCCUGCUGCUGCUCAGUUGGCUGGAAAAUAUUGGGCACUUACUCUUCAUCAUCAUCUCCAUCAGUCACUACAAAGACUAUUUGACUAAUGCUGCCAAAUUUUCUAACUACUAGAUAUCAGCACAGGGUUUUAGCUUCAUUAGGAUUUUUGUUUUGCGGCUUGUUAAAAGUUUUUAAAUGUUUUUAUUUUAUUUUAUUUUUUUGCUACAAUUAAUUGAAUUACCUUUUUCCUGUUUUUUUCUGCCUUUUGUUCUUCCUUCUUCAUCCUUUUCUGCCGGACUUGUUUCAUUGAGCUCAGUCGUCUUCCAGCGCGAAGCUGUCAGUCCCAACAGUAGUCAGUCUGUCGUUCUUGUUCUCAUGUCUCCGCGUGAGUGUCAGUCGGUGCUGUAAGCACUAACUGACCUCCACCCAUUGUGCUGCUUGUCUUACCUUGUCCACAUUAGUGUUGUACCUAGUACACACUUAAGAAAAGAAUCCCCUAUUUCAUGCUACAUACUAUGCAGGCUGGUAUGUUGUGACACUAAAAUCUUAACAUAGCUAGAGAACAUUUCAAAGUUGUUUGGGUAAUUUCAGCUUUUCUUAUCUAGGUCAGUACAUUUAAUAACAAUAAAGGUGUUUAACUUAAUGUCAGCAGCACGGGCAGUCGUGCACAAGUUCACUCUCACACACACAUAAGCACACACACAGGGGCUCCUGUGGCACAUCAGACAACACAACAUCACUUAGUGGCACUUACUGUACAGUAGCCUCCCAGUUACAAUGUUAACACACGCAUACAUGACACAUGGAUCUUUGGGGGUGUCCACGGCAGACACAGCCAGCAGAGAACGGAGUUUAAAGGGAUUGUGUUGGCGCCAGGAUGGGAGAGCAGGGAGAGGAAAUGGCAGAGGAGGAAGGAGAUGACAUACUCACAGCCAGUCAUUUUCUUACAAAACAGUUUAGUUUGUGACAUCUCACCUGCUUGGGAAUGCACAAACAUAAAGGCUAUUUUUGCACUGUUUGUUUUGUACAUUGAUUUUUCUUUUUUCGCUGUGGUUAUGUAAUCUCCUCCUCCUCCCUCCAUCCAGGCGAGAACUAAUAACCAAACGCAGCUGUUGAGAAAGUUAGCCUACUGAGGUGUCUGUUUAGAAAUGAACCAUUCAAACACCACCCAGUCCAUAUAAUUGGUGUCAAGAUUAUAAUACAGUCGUGUAUGUGCAAGCACAAAAAUCAGCCUGUAAUCAGUCAAGUAAAUGGUCAUGGUGUUCAUGGCAAGUGUGCAUUUAAAUUACAUUUCUGUGUGCAAAGGUAUUGAACUUUGUGCAAUCCAUCUUAAUCUGGUUUUAGUCCUCGCCUGGAGAAGAUUUUGAAGAUUUGGGUGGGGGGUAGAGGCUGAUAUUUGGGUGAGGCUUGUGGCAUUUUUCAGGAUUUGCAAAAAAAAAAAAAAAAAAAAAUUAGGACUUGCAUCACAACUCUAUGAUCUGCAGAGUACAGAUUGGUAUUACAAAGAAAAACCAUCACUGCACGGGUAUGUGGACGAAGUGGUUUGAUUAUUGCAAUAAAAUAAGAGGGAACACCUCCAGCUGUUAACGUACAGUAAUUACUUUAUCAGCCUUUUGAAUUGAUUUUUAAAAAUGCUUAUUGUUAUAUCUAAACAUGGAUUUAAGGCCGUUUAUGCAGCCUUCAUUCAAUAAUUAAUACAGUUACUGCUAAGAGGAGUAGAACAUAUCAGAAGUUUGGGUAUUGAAUAACAUUGUGAGGAAAUAUUGCACAAAAGAUAAAAAAAAAAACAAAAACAAAACUUGACUAUACUACUAUAAUUUAAUGCUAAGUAACAGGUACUUAGGCUUUGUAGUGCAAGAUGGAGGAAGAAGCAAUUUAUAUUCUAAUUAAAACAAUAAGGUUGAGUGUUUUGAGGUAUUCUUAGUCCAAAUGUUUGUACACUAGUAGGUUAAUUCUCAAAGUGUUGCAUUAUGCCGCUGUCGGAGGAAAACCACAUAUAUUUGAACCUAGUUUAAAACAAUGACUUGUGUAUUUUAGAUAAGUGGAUGUUAUUGGUAUGACAGUCAAAGUUCCCACAAUGUAAGGAUUGUGUAUAUUUUAAAUUGAUGCCAGUAAAAAAAAAAAAAAAAAAAAGUACAAGCUGGAUUUUCUUGCGACAGCAGUAAAGUUAUUCUACAUUAGGAUUAUUUAACCGACCACUACCUUUGUCAGUAUUUCUAAAUUAAAUCUUAUGUUUUGCUUUUUUAUUUUUUAUCUUCUCUCCCUUUGGUCAAUUAAGCAUAAUGGGUAUGCGUAAUAUUCAGGUGUAUUUCACUAUAGCAUUGGAUUUCUAAGUUUAAAAAAAAACAACAAAAAAACAUGCAGUAUAUUUAUACAGCAAGUGGUACAUUAAUGUAUUUCUAGCUAAGCAUGGUUGCAUCAGUGUGGCAGCUACUGUUUGUGCUUUUAAUAGUUUUUAUUUUCUUUUUUUUUUUUUUUCUUUUGUUUUACUUCUUCUGCAUCUCUGUCGUCUACAUAUCUGUCACUACGAGGGGAGACGUUAACAGUGUCUGUAAAUAAUAUUAGGACUUGUGGAAUUUCUUGUUACCAAAUUCCCAUAUUUUUGAUUGUCGCCUGAAUUUACAGACAUUGAGGGAAGUAGAGGACGAGUGCCAGAACUGAAAUGGACGGCAUGUUUUAUAUUGACUGAGAAAGGCCACUUUGGUGCUUUUUGAAGCCAACUUCCUGGUCCAUUUCUGUUCUGUGAGUAUUGAAUAAUGUCUUGAAAACCCUCAACCUCCAUGCCCUUUUGUUCUGUGCCAUAUUUCACCAAAUUGUUGUUUAGUAAAUAUUUGUUCUUCUCCCAAAUAACUGGUGAACUCUUGAGUCCUUAUGUCUAGCUUCCUGUGAAUCUGUGUUUUCCUGUUGCUAUCCUAUUUAUCAUGUUGAUGCAUAUUGUCUGACUUUUAUCUUAGUGUAUUUUCUGUCUUUAUCCUGUUUCCACUUUGCACCCUUUCAAGCGUUUUAUCACAUUCUGGGAUGCAAAAGGAUGUUGGAUCAUAUGUACUUUCCCUCCCUUCUCCACCUUAUUUAAACUUCCUUUUUUAUUUUCCUACACUUUUGGGAUUUUUGUUCUGACCUUUGCUACCCUCACCACCCCAUCUGAAUAGCAUCACAUUCAAUUACAUGAUGCUUUUUAAAUUUCUGCCAUAAGUCUUGGUUGUUACCACAUUUUAUGGCAUUUGUGAAAUUUCACUGAUUUUUCCUAAACACUAGAUGUCGCUGUAGACAAAGUCUAAAAGUGGCAGCGUGGCUUUGAGCCAACAUGAUAAAUUCAUCAGGGCCAUUUACAUUUAAGAAUUGGAUCUCACAUUUUAAGCACUGAGAUUUUUUUUAGUGGGGGGGGGGGGGGGGUAUUAGAGUCCCCCCCCCCCUCUUUAAUUUUCAGGCAUUUUCAGAAAUGCUGUUUUUACACAGCAAAGGCAAACCUCCAGAUGAGGUGUUAUUUGUUGUAGUUCUCGGUGAAUUUAGCAGGGCUGUGGGCCAAUGCUCUUUAACUGUAAUUCAGUUGUAAUAAGGACACUCAGUCGAGAGGGGGACCCACAGAGCAAGCAUGAGAGUCGAAGGAUGUUUUGCAGGAUGCUGUAACGGCCUCCCCAUUUCACUCCAUUCCUUGCCCCUUAUAUAUUUCAAUUUGCACUUAAUUGAAAAUGGGUGGUUGAACACUUGUGUUCAGGGAGGAGAGGAAGAGAGGGAGGGGUGCAAAGUUGUCUUAAUCAUGGAUUUUUUUUUUUUUUUUUCCAUCUUCAUUCAUCAUCCUAUCAUUUCCAAACCUUUUAAAGGUAAUAACUAUUAAUAAGGAUUUCUUGGUUGGUUCUUCGUUUUUUUCCCCCAGUGUAUUUUAAUCUUGAACUUUUUGCUUUUCAAGUGAAAAUGUGAUCAGAAGCAUUCAUUAUGCCCCCUCUCUCUUUCCAUUUCCCCUCUCCUCUCUCUGCUUCUUAUGCCUUGCAGUUGCUGAGUCUUAGUUUUUCAUGAGUAUGAAUUAAAACACUACUAUCACGAUGAAUAGUAGGCUCUUAAAUGUCUUUGAUGUUCUGCUGCAGCUUUUAAUUUCAACUGUCAGAGGUAUCUCUUAGUUUGAUUUGACACUAAAUGUGAUGCAAAAAGUGGGAAAUUCCUCGUCUUCCAAAAAAAAAAAAAAAAAAAAGAGAAAAAGGAAAAAAAAAAGCAUAUACUCGCAUCCCUCCAUGAUCGAGUAUUAGGAACAACCCCA